AAGAAGCAAUUGACAAAGUUAAUCAUCAUGUCUCUCCAAAAAAAAAAAAAAGGUUAACCUCAAGAAGAAGCUAUUUUGAAGGAAAGUUGUGUGUGAAAUUAGAUCAUUUCACAAUACAAUACCGUGCAGUAACCGCAUUGGUGAAUGUCUCCCGGCCCCACAAAUUGAUCCAUACUAAAUCGGGUUGGGUGUCAAAAGUCCUAGCCCCCACCGUACAGAAUUACAGAUUACAAACAUUACAUGCCCCCCGUGUCCGCUUGCUAUAUAAGCCACCACCCGCUGCUCGUCUUUUGCUCCCAUACUAUUAUCACACUGCUACGAACGAACCACCACUGGCAGGAUUGCAGCAGUUGUGAAAAAAACACAGGCGAAGGCGAACAGCUCCAAAACAAACUCCGAAAGGUGGUGUGAUCAGCGAGUGUGGUGUGGUGGUGAUGUCGGCGGACGAGUCAACAACUUUGGAGCUCAUAAGACAGCAUCUGCUGGGAGACUUCACUUCUAAUGAUACGGAAUCUUUUCUUAACAACCUUGGUCUUUGUUUCGCAGAUGUCUGCAACGACGAUGACCAUGAUAAAACCACAAUCAGCUCCGGAAAGCCCGACCCAACAACUUCCGAGUCGGAUUCCGGCUCUUUCAUUUCAGACCCCCCAAAACAACCCGACACCCCCGUUUCUCGUUACCCCAAACUCGAGCCCGAUUUCUUCGAAUUCGAAACCAAACCCACCAUCCUCAUCGACUCCAUCUCGCCCAAAAGCCCCGUUUCGGGCAGUCCAUACUCAGAAAAUCCCUUCAGGCCCGCUUCGGCCUCGGGAAAGUCCGACCCAUUCGGCGGAGUUCGAGACGGCGGGCAUUACAGAGGGGUAAGGAGGAGGCCCUGGGGAAAGUAUGCCGCGGAGAUCCGAGACCCGGUCCGCAAGGGAUCCCGGGUCUGGCUGGGGACGUUUGACACCGCCAUGGACGCUGCAAAAGCCUAUGACUCUGCAGCGUUCAAGAUGAGAGGAAGAAAGGCCAUCCUCAACUUCCCCUUGGACGCCGGAAAGUCUUCCCCGCCGGUGAACUCUCGCCGGAAAAGUAGAAGAGAGUCUAGUGGUGUGGCGGUGGAUCAUGGACAUCGUCAAGUUUCUGAAACCUGAUAGCGGAGUGGCAUUUGUAAAGCAUUUUCACGUUUUAAUCUGUCAAUGUCAAAAAAAUAAAAAAUCUUUCGCAGAAGUGUUGCGGUGAAUAUUCAAGUGCAAGUGGCACUCGCUCGUAAAAUCACGCUAAUAUUUUUACCCCAUGCAUGUUCAAUCAUCAUCAUGCGGGUGCGUGAAUCAAGUGAUGAUUAAAUACAUAGAUUAGGGAUUAGCGGCCCCCGAGAAAAAGAGAGAAUUUCAUAAGGGUACGGUGGUAAAUACAAAUUCACACAAAAUUCAUGUUGACUCCUUGUUACCGUGCUUUAAAUGGAGCAAGAGUCGUACGAACGUCCUGUCAAUGUGAGAGUUCGAUCAUUUAAUCUUCU